CCCCGAGCGAGGCGAGGCGAGGCGCGCGCGCGUGUGUGUGCGCGCGCGCACGUGCACGCCGGCCCGGUUCGGGGGCGCGGGCGGGAACUGCCUGACGUCACUGCGGCCGAAAGGGGAAGUGGAAUGAGUGGGAGCUGGAGCGCUGGCCGCCGAUUGUCAAACGCGCGGUUGUCGCUUCAGCGCCGCGGCUCCCCUCAGCAGCAGCGGCAGCAUGGGUCGCUCGCUGCUCUAACCUGUGAUCCGCAACUUGCAUUUCGAGCCCGGGAGUGCACGUUUUGUUCGGGGAGAGAGAGAGAGGGAGAGAAAGAAAAAAAUCCUUUUUAAUUUUUGGCUCUCUUCAAUUAAUUAUUUCCAUCGUCUGACUGGCAUCCUCCUCCUCCUCAAAGGGGAGAGCAAGACUCUGCACCAUGUCAGAAGUCAGGCCGCACUUUUACAGGCAGGAGUUGAAUAAGACAAUCUGGGAAGUGCCGGAGAGAUACCAGAACCUCGCACCCGUGGGCUCUGGAGCUUAUGGCUCCGUCUGUGCUGCUUUUGACACAAAAGCUGGUGUUCGAGUGGCAGUGAAAAAACUUUCCAGACCAUUUCAAUCUAUUAUUCAUGCAAAACGAACAUACAGAGAGCUACGAUUAUUGAAACAUAUGAAACAUGAAAAUGUGAUUGGCCUGUUGGAUGUUUUCACACCAGCUGUGACUUUGGAAGAGUUUACAGAUGUGUAUUUGGUAACACACCUAAUGGGAGCAGAUCUAAACAAUAUUGUUAAAUGUCAGAAACUCACAGAUGACCAUGUACAGUUUCUAAUAUACCAGAUACUACGGGGCCUUAAGUAUAUCCAUUCUGCUGGAAUUAUACACAGAGAUUUGAAACCCAGCAAUCUAGCAGUGAAUGAAGAUUGUGAGCUAAAGAUUUUGGACUUUGGAUUGGCUCGUCAUACUGAUGAUGAAAUGACUGGCUAUGUAGCCACAAGGUGGUAUAGAGCACCAGAGAUCAUGCUAAAUUGGAUGCAUUACAAUCAAACAGUUGAUAUUUGGUCCGUUGGGUGCAUUAUGGCAGAACUACUGACAGGGAAGACUCUAUUUCCAGGCACUGACCAUAUUGAUCAGUUGAAGCUAAUAAUGCAACUCGUCGGAACACCAGGGCCAGAACUUUUGAUGAAAAUAUCAUCUGAUUCUGUGAGUUUAUGUAUUGCCUGUACUUUAUGCUGGUAGUUAUUGACCACUCCU